AUGUCUACACAAACUCCUGAUCCUUACAAAAUCCUGGGUGUUGCCAAGGAUGCACAGCUACCCGAAAUUCGAUCCGCGCACCGAAAGCUUGUUCUUAAAUGUCAUCCCGACAAAGUCCAGGAUCCAACAUUAAAGGCUCAGAAGCAGGACGAGUUCCAACGGGUUCAAACCGCUUACGAACUACUGGCCGACGAGAAGGAGCGGAAACGCUACGAUGAUCAGGCCAGACUCGCGGAACUUCGGGAGCAAAUGAGGGCAAAGGCAGCUGCAAGCGCGUCAAGUCGUCAGACAAGCGCUGCGGCAAGCCCCUCUUCAGCUCGACCUACCCCUGCAACUACAUAUAAAUACGAAAUUCACACCCCUGAGCGCACUUACAAGGCUACUCGAGGACCUUCACCAGGUCCCAGAGGCUACUCUUCAUAUUCGCGUUCUUACGAGGAUGAUCAUCCUCGCGCCGCUGAUAUCUUUGAGGGAGUCCGAACUGUGAGGAGAGAAAAGUCCUACCAGGAAAAGACUUCAACAAGACGUGAAGACAGGGAAAGAGAAGAGAGGGAACGAGAGAAGGAGUAUGCACGAGAAAUGCGUGAGCGAGAGAAGGAGAAGGAGCGUGAGCGUCAGCAAAAAAGAAGGGUCGAAGAAGCCGUUCGACGUGCCGAAAAGGAAGCCAAGGAAGCCGCCAAGGAAGCCCGACGCGCCGAGAAGGAGAAGAAGGCUCGCGAUAAGUCUCGCAAGCGGGAAACGGAGAGCAAGAAGACGAAACCUUACAUCGAGACCGACGGUGAGCCCGUCUCAAAGUCUGACAAGAAGAAGUCAAGUAAGAAGCACGAUGAGCGACGCGAGCGUGAUCGAUCGACGCACCGUGAAGAGAUUGUUCCUCCUCCUACCAGCUCGAUGCCCCCGCCUCCUAUUCCCGCUCAAUAUCAGACUGCCGAAUAUCAGAGCAAGGCCGAUGCUGCGAUGAGCUAUAUCCAGGCCUCUCGAAGCAAGGGCCAAUCUUCUUUCGCCCGGCAUGUUCAGCCUCCUGCGCCCACUCCACCUCCCGUUGGCUCGCCCUUCGCCGCCCCCGCCGAAGACGACGACGCUCGCCGAUCAUCCGCCAAGCCCAGACGUAACUCAUCUGGCGAGAAGGCUUACUCCAAGCCUGAGGUUGUUGAUGAUCCUGUUGAGGCUACUCCUCCCACUGCUCGCCCUCACAUGCACAAGUCUGCUACUGCUACUGGUGUGCCGACGAGCUCCCCUCCCCGACGCGACCUUCCCCGGACUUCUACUCUGCCUACCGAAGGCCACAGCCGUUACGCACCAGGCAUUGCGAGAGCUCAGACCUUCAGCGGCGCGUAUCCCGAAUUGGAUCCCCGCGGUCGAGGCCGCACCAGGCAUCAGGCCCAAAUUCCUGAGAGUGAUUCCGAGGACGAGUACGAGCGUCUUCGACGUGAGCGCAAGGCUCAUCGCAGCAGCAAGAAGCACCGCUCUCCUGAAUCGCGUGGCGAGCAUGUGAUGCAGUACCGAGUGGAUGGUGGCCGUACAACGCUCCAGAACUCUUACUCGCGCACCACUGAGCCCACCGAUGCCUACGGAUACUACGCCAACACACCUGGUGUACGUGUCGUCGAGCGCCCUCCCAUGCCUUCUCGCGACGCUAGCUACUCUGGUAGCUACGGCGCCCAAUUCUCCAAGGUCAAGACUUCAAGUUACGGUGACGUGCAGUUCAGCGAGUACCCCAAGUACCAUGAAGCGUACGCUGCCUAG